AUGCAUUCGUCCUUGAUAGGAACCGAUCAACUACAGUACUCCUUGGAUCCGGCCGAACUGCAAUCGUUUGCAGCUCAAGUCGCCAAAUCAUCAGCCCACUUAGAAUCGCUCAACAUAACCCAUCGAGACCUCGCCGCCCGUAAUAUUCUGGUCGGUGAGAACAAGCAGUUGAAAAUCAGCGACUUUGGCAUGUCACGACUGGGGGUCUACGUGAAAAUGAGCAAAGGAGUGAUUCCACUGCGAUGGCUGAGUCCGGAAGCGAUUCGAGAUAAUAUUUAUUCGACAAAAAGUGAUGUUUGGGCUUACGGUAUCGUGCUAUGGGAGAUAGUGACACUGGGAGGAUUUCCGUAUCCGACAGUGUGCGACAAAGACAUGCUACAAUAUUUGCUAGAUGGAAACCGAUUAGAAAAGCCGAUCAGCUGUUCCGAUGAAAUGUAUGGGUAG